UAAAAGUUCAUCCCUCAUCCACCGACAUAAUGACAUCACUUUCAAACAAACCUCUCUUCAACCAAUUCAUUUCAUCUCUAGUCUUCUUCCUCCUUGUUGUCAUCAUCCUUGAUUUCAUUUGUUCAUCCACUGCUUCUGUUUCCUCUGUAACUUCUCCUUUCGUUUACACUAAUAAUAAGGUUAAGUUAGCAGAAGAAAGAAAGGAAGCAAAGGCUCUUCUAAAAUGGAAAACCAACCUUCAAAGUAAAAGACAGCCUUUCUUGCCCUCUUGGGCUGGAAGCAAUCCUUGCAAUUGGGUUGGAAUAAAUUGCGACAAGUCUGGAAGUGUCACCCAUCUAAACCUUUCAAGUUACAGUUUAAGAGGUACGUUUCACAAUCUAAGUUUUCAAUCAUUCCCCAAUCUACUCAGUGUUGACCUUUCUUCGAACUCACUAUUUGGAACCAUCCCCUCAAAUAUUGUUCACCUCUCUAAACUCUCGGUUCUAAACCUUUCUUAUAAUCAAUUCGUUGGGAGAAUUCCUUCAGAAAUAGGCCAAUUGACAAGUCUUCACAUCUUUUACCUCGCAGCAAAUCGUAUGAGUGGCCUUAUCCCUCAAGAAUUAGGAGGAUUAACUUCUUUGAAUGAACUUGAUUUAUCGUCAAAUAAUCUCACAGGUGUCAUCCCUACUUCUCUUGGAAACUUAAGCAACCUAACCUUUCUAUAUCUUUAUGGGAACCAAAUUUCUGGUUCUAUCCCUCAAGAAUUAGGAAUGCUAAGUUUUCUGACUGACCUUGCGUUAUCAAAAAGUAAUCUUACAGGUACCAUCCCUACUUCUCUAGGAAACUUAAGCAACCUAACUACUCUAUAUCUUAAUGACAACCAACUUUCUGGUUCCAUCCCUCAAGAAUUAGGAAUGCUAAGUUCUCUAGCAGUCCUUAUGUUAUCAACAAACAAUCUCAUAGGUACCAUACCUACUUCUCUUGGAAACUUAAGCAACCUAACCACCCUAUCUCUACAUACGAAUCAACUUUCAGGUUCCAUUCCUCAUGAAUUGGGAAUGCUAAGUUCUUUGAUUGACCUUGAGUUAUAUUCAAACAAUCUCACAGUCUCACAGGUACCAUACCUGCUUCUCUUGGAAACUUAA